AUGUCCUUACAAAGAGGUUUUACUGUGAAAUAUUUAUCAGAUUUUGAUAAAUCUGUGAUCGUGAAUAAUUUUGAGAAACGUGGCUGGAUAUCAAGUGACCCUGACGAUGACUGGAACUUUUACUGGGCUAGCGUUCAUACUGUUCGCAGCAUUUUCAAUGUAGAGACUGGAUUUCGACUAAAUGAUGAUCAAAUUCUAAAUCAUUUUCCAAAUCAUUAUGAACUAACACGUAAAGAUCUUAUGGUGAAGAACAUCAAGCGAUAUCGUAAGUCACUUGAGAAGGAAGGAAAUUUAAUAGAUAUAAUUACAGCUGAAAAAGACGAAUGUGGUCGCUAUAUAUACCUGGACUUCAUCCCAGUUACUUUCCUACUUCCUGCUGACUACAAUCUUUUUGUUGAGGAAUUCCGCAAAAAUCCAUCAAGUACAUGGAUUAUGAAGCCUGCAGCGAGGUCACAAGGCUCCGGUAUCUUUCUAAUUAACCGUCUUUCGCAGAUUAAACGAUGGUCACGAGACGGGCGUUCAGGUGUUCCGUCUUAUACCAUCUCCAAGGACACUUACGUCAUUUCCAGAUAUAUUGAUAAUCCUCUUCUGAUUGGUGGAAAAAAUUUGAUCUUCGAAUUUAUGUUCUUGUGA